AUGUCGGGGCCGAGCGCCGUGUCGGACCCGCAGCACCCGGCGCGGCUGCUGCGGGCGCUCAGCUCGUUCCGGGAAGAGACGCGGUUCUGCGACGCGCACCUGGUGCUGGAGGGCGAGGAGAUCCCGGUGCAGAAGAACAUCCUGGCGGCCGCCAGCCCCUACAUCAGAACAAAAUUGAAUUACAAUCCUCCAAAGGAUGAUGGCUCAACGUACAAGAUUGAACUCGAAGGGAUAUCUGUUGAUAUCAUGAAAGAGAUACUAGAUUACAUCUUCAGCGGGCAGAUCAGGCUAAAUGAAGAAACUAUCCAAGAUGUGGUACAGGCAGCUGAUCUCCUGCUGCUUACAGACUUAAAAACUCUCUGCUGUGAGUUUUUAGAAGGUUGCAUAGCUGCUGAGAACUGUAUUGGUAUUCGGGACUUUGCACUGCACUAUUGUUUGCAUCAUGUUCACUACCUUGCCUCAGAGUAUCUGGAAACUCACUUUCGAGAUGUCAGCAGCACAGAGGAAUUCUUGGAACUGACUCCUCAAAAACUGAAAGAAGUGCUGUCGAUGGAAAAACUCAAUGUUGGAAACGAAAGAUACGUCUUUGAAGCGGUGAUUAGGUGGAUUUCUCAUGAUUCAGAUUCCAGAAAGGUUCACAUGAAGGAUGUCAUGUCAGCAGUGUGGGUGUCGGGCCUGGACGCGGCGUAUUUGCGGGAGCAGAUGAUGAGCGAGCCGCUGGUGCGGGAGAUCGUCAAGGAGUGCAACAACAUCCCGCUGACCCCCCCCCAGCAGGGAGAGGCCAUGCUGGCCUCCUUCAAGCCCCGGGGCUACUCCGAGUGCAUCGUGACUGUUGGGGGGGAGGAACGAGUAUCACGGAAACCAACCUCAGUGAUGCGGUGUAUGUGUCCUCUUUAUGAUCCCAAUAGACAGCUCUGGAUUGAACUUGCUCCUAUGAGUAUUCCAAGGAUCAAUCAUGGAGUAUUGUCAGCAGAGGGAUUUUUAUUUGUGCUUGGUGGUCAGGAUGAAAACAAGGGAACGCUAAGCUCUGGAGAGAAAUAUGAUCCAGACACCAAUUCAUGGAGUUCCUUACCACCAAUGCAUGAGGCACGACACAAUUUUGGUGUGGUAGAGAUUGAUGGAAUUCUGUAUAUUCUGGGAGGUGAGGAUGGUGAAAGGGAGCUGAUCUCUAUGGAGAGCUAUGAUAUUUAUAGCCGGACCUGGACCAAGCAGCCAGACUUGACCAUGGUUAGGAAGAUUGGCUGCUAUGCAGCUAUGAAGAAGAAAAUCUAUGCAAUGGGUGGAGGCUCCUAUGGAAAACUCUUUGAAUCUGUGGAGUGUUACGACCCCAGGACUCAGCAGUGGACAGCAAUCUGUCCUCUCAAAGAGAGGAGAUUUGGGGCAGUGGCCUGUGGAGUUGCCUCUGAGCUUUAUGUCUUUGGUGGAGUCAGGAGUCGUGAUGACAGUCAAGCCAGUGAGAUGGUGACUUGCAAAUCUGAGUUUUAUCAUGAUGAGUUUAAAAGGUGGAUUUAUCUAAAUGACCAGAACCUCUGUAUCCCAACUAGUUCUUCUUUCGUGUAUGGAGCUGUGCCCAUCGGAGCCAGCAUAUACGUGAUUGGAGAUCUCGACACAGGCACAAACUAUGACUAUGUCAGAGAGUUUAAGAGGAGCACGGGCACCUGGCAGCGCACGAAGCCCCUGUUCCCGUCGGACCUGCGGCGCACCGGCUGUGCCGCCCUGCGCAUCGCCAACUGCAAACUCUUCCGGCUGCAGCUUCAGCAGGGCCUGUUCCGCAUCCGCGUCCCUUCUCCGUGAUCCGUGUGCUGGCAGGGGAGGAGACUGGAAGAGUUCUGCGCAGCCCACCAUAAUCUAGCUCUAUAUAAAAGGAAAAAAGCUGAGAAAUUACAGCUGAAACUUAACACUGUAUGCUGUGCUUUGGUAUGGUAACUGUUUUUGUUUUAAAUGCUUAAAAAGCUUGAGUCUCAGUUCUUGUUCGGGAACAAAUAACUUAAGUAUACAUUAAAAAAGAAGAGAGGGGGGAAAUAAAAGGGGAGAGCAAGGAAACACCUUCAGUCGUAACCAUUUGGAGUUUAAACCAUAUUAUUGAAGAAGGUUUUUUUUCUGUGUCUGGAACUGUGGGAAUUGGUUUCCUUUGGCGAAGCUUAUUGGAAAGCGGAACAGAUUUCAGGUGCAUUUCCCCUGAGGGGAACUGGUCCGAAUAAAAGUGCUAUCUGGGACUGGAUAGCUGUAAUACACAGGAGCUGUACAAUAACCAACCUCCCUGGUGUGCUGCCAAGACUGCUGCUGGAGCGUGAUGCCAUAGGAGACGUUGGUCGUUGCACCUUUUAUUUCUAGUCCUUCCUCAAAAAGAUUUAAGGUCUGUGCCUAAAAAUGGUGGAGGUGUGUACAUACGGUUUUUCAUUCAUUUGCAAUGGUUUCAUUCCUACAAAUACUUUUAAUAUAUUUAAAAAUGGACUAAUCUGAAAUGGAUACAGUACAUUACAGAGAAGUAAACUGGUUUUUUUUCUAUGCUGUCAUUUGAGUAGCCUGACGAACUGGUCUGCAGGUGGGUGGCAUGUGCUUCUGGGUGGGCUUUGGGGGCUGUUUUCUUGAAGUGAAAAGGGGGAAGGGUGUUUGGAACGGUUAGUGGUGAUUGCUGCUUUUGGCAAAAGCAAAAAAAAAAAAAAACAAAUAGGUUGUGUUCCUUUUUACUUCAGAUCAGUUGCAAACUCAGAAUGGUUUUUAAGCCUGAGGAUCGUAGAACGGUGUGUUUUGUCUCUCUGAGAACAAAGGUGAAGUAUGACAAGGAUAUAUUUCUUUUGCAGAAAACCUGAUUUUUGGAUUAAGAGUUCAGGAAAAUUUGAACAGCGACUUUAAAUUGGGAUCAAAAGUUUGUUUACUAAUGAUUUCCGUGCUAAGGUACAGUCUUGUUUAUUGCUGUCUGACUUGGAAAGCUGGGUUUUAUGGCGUGGUUAUAGUGAAGAACUUAGUAUCUUGCAUUUUUUUUCUUACUAAGCCUUGUUCACAUCAGUAGCGAUAUUUAAUUGCCUUUUUUUUCGUAGUCAAGGUCAGCUGGUAGAACACUUUUACCUCAGUUUUUGAUUUCGUUAUUGUUGUGAUGGGUGGGACGUGACCUCUAUUUAUUUAAAAGGAAUAAAAUGGGAGAGAUGGGAAACAGAAAUAAGACCUCCUGCCCUUCAGAAAAAGAGAUUUUGUAUAACCAGUAUUAUAACUACACACAAGACUUUCCACUCUGCACCUUUGUGGACCUCAGACAAGCCAACCUCUGCCCUCAGUUGUGUUAGUGUAAACCUUUGUCAUCUUCGCUGAAUCAUCUUAGACAUGCUGAACUACAAUCCCAAACUCCUACAGAAUAGUGAUAUUUCACUAAAUAACCCUUGAAGAGACAUUCUGAAACUUCUGCUCGGUCCUUCCAUAGCACUGAUGUGUGGUUGGAAUUACUCUGAUUUCUGAGCAAAGGGGUGGGGGGGGAAAAGAAAAGGGCAGCAGCCAAUCCAUUCACCAUUAUUUAUUUUUUUAUUAUUUUUUACAAUGCUGAAGUGCUGCAAAACUUGAACUAUAUACAUCAAUUUUCUGACCUAUAUUAGUUGACAUAUUAAAAAGUUUAUAUAUUUAUGCAUUGCAGUAAACUUGGUGUGUGUAUAUAUAUGUCUUUAGAUUUUAAAUUUAUAUAUAAUGCUUUACUACAGAAAUGUGAACCACUAUUUCCAUCCUUGGCUGUCUUGUGAAAUAAAUCAAGUGCUGUUAGUUUAUCUAUAAAACUUCCCCUUUUUUGAAAAAUCUUACAUGGAUUUUUUUUUUUUUCUCAGACAAAGUGCCAAGAUCCCAUAUUCAAAAGUGAUGAAUGUUCCUAAGCACCUAUUUCACUUUUGAGCUCAGUUUUCUAAGUGGCUUGGAAAACUUUCGAAAAUGUUAUUCAGAAUAUUGCAGGCUGCUAUCUCCCAAGUCCCUGUAGCUUCCCAGCACCCUUGAGGGCAUUCAGCACCCAGAAAACAUAAGUGAUAAAUGCACAUAUUAAAUCCAAAUCCUCUGUACUCAAGCAGUGUUUUGCAGUUAAAAUUACUGAACAGAAUGUUUACAUUUAAAGUAGGAUUAACAGUAGGUAUUCUUACUUUUUUUUUUUUUUAACAUAAAUAAACAAAUCUCUUGUGAUUGGAGCGUGUUGCGAAUGCACUUGGUGAGAUUUGACCAAGAAGUUUAAGCCUCUUCAGCUGAACCAGUUGCAAACUGAAUUUCUUAGCACGCCUGUCCUCGUGUCACGUUCUGUGCAGCCCAGGGACCAGGGACCCUGGGAUCAGACCCCAGUGUCUCCAGGGACACUGGCUCCUGGAGUUUGGGGUGCAUGCUCAGGCUGAAGGUUUGAGCACUCCUGAGCUCUCAAAACUGGCUUCCUUGGUGUUGCUUAAGUGAAUGGGGAUCAUUCCCCAUCUGUGUUGUGUGUGGCCGAUCCAGGAGCUGUUCCAGGCCCUGUGUGUGUAGGAGGGAAGUGAUGUGUCUUUUGGGGUCUGACUCCUGUCUGUCUGCCCUGGUCUGAUCUGCAAGUGCAUCUCUUGGGAUGUGCAAUAACCAGGUUUGAUUUCUCUCUGAAUUUUAGGCAAGGCUUUGAUGCCAAGGCUCCCCUUUCUCCAGGGAUUGUCCUGGGGAUGGUGCAGGAGACAAGAGGCAGAGCUGACCUCUGGUUUUCCUUUUGCU